AUGAGGGGUCCUAUCUCAGGCAGCACACUGAGGCAAGGCAAUUCUCAUUUUGAGGUUUGCUACCCAACCUUUGCGGUUGGGGGACCUACUAACCUGAGGUUAAUGGGCGUGCUUUGUGCGAGUUCACCCACGAAGGUCAAAGGCAGCACACUGAGGCAAGGCAAUUCUCAUUUUGAGGUUUGCUACCCAACCUUUGUGGUUGGGGGACCUACUAACCCAAGGUUAAUGGGCGUGCUUUAUGCGAGUUCACCCACCAAGGUCAAAGGUGAACAUCUCACACCAUGCCUCACCUAA